AUGUGUGUCGUGGCCUUGUCGAACCGCAGCCGCCGGAGGCCUUCCAAGCCCUCGCCGUCACGAAGGAGGCGAAACUCCUGCAGGAACCGCACCACGGCGCCCUCCACCACGUCCCCGUCCUUCGCGUCGCGUUGGGCAAGCAGCAGCCUCUCAACAUCGCUCGCAUCGACGGUGUUAACAACACCACACGGCGCGGCCACCUCCACCGCCCUGCGGUCUGCAGGCAGCAAGUGGCGCCACAGCCGCCACGCAAUACCGUCGCUCGGUUCAUGUCUGGACUUCUUCGCCGCGCGCACAGGGACUCGGCAGGCGGCCGCCAGCGCCUCCUGCACCUGCUCCACUGGUGCCUGCGUCAACUGCCGCACCAGCGACGCGUCAGACGCCUCACACAAGCACUGCACCGCCUCUGCGACGGCGACGCGUGGUUCGGUGAGGAGGAGGCGGCACACAGCGGAGAUGCCGCCCGCUGCGGUGGCUGACUGCUGCUGCAAGUCCUCCAGCAGUGACUCCACCACCUCGACUGCCGUCACCCGCAGCGAACGCACAACGGGGCACGACGCCUCGUCAGCCUGUGCGAGCGUCAGCGCUGCCGCAAACGCCUUUACGCGUGCCGUCUUGCGCUCGUCCGCGGUCGCCGCGCGCAGCCGCCCAGCAGCACGGAGAAACGAUGCGGGGUCCACAGUCACGCCGCGGUCUGCCAUGAGCACUUCGAUCGUCAAGAAGUCUCGCAGGAAGUGGGACGCACCGUCAGCGUUCCAGUUGCGCGACGCCGGCGUGCUCGCGCCCUCGCUGGCACCCAACGCGGACAUCAUCUUCGAUGCGGCGGUGGCCAUCAGCAUCUCCACGACAGGUUUUGCGUAG